GGUGUAACCAGGGCAGGACUUCCCGAAAGAGAUUUAACCCAGAGGAACCGGAUUCACUCUGUGGACUCAGAGGUCAUCCCACUGACCAACUGUGAGGCCAUGUACCAGGCAGCUGUCUCCAAGCGAGCAGACAACAACAUCCCAAGCGGGGUCAUGGAGGAGUCGGAGGUCUGUUCCCUGCCUGGGGGACUUGCCAGUGUGAGGAAGCAAUUUGAGAUCCAGGAAACUGCAUCUUCACACAAUGUUACCCAGUUCCACUUUCAUCACAGAACCAUGCAGGAAAUCUCAAACUCUGAGGUGACAGUGUCAAGCAGCAGCAGGCAGGUCCUCCCAGGCAGUCAGCAGCUCAAUGUCAACCAAGACACCAUGAUCACAUACAGCAACAAUAACUUGGAAUCCAGUUAUGAAAACCAUCAAGAUGAAACAGAAGAGGACUUUCCAAGGUACUCUACAAAAGAACUAAGGGAUCGCUUUGAAAGAACGAUAGAGGAGGCUGCUUCACACAAACCAAUUAAGAUUGAGCGUGACAUCAAUCGAUCUAAGUGGUCCUCAAACGUGACACAAAACACCACAAUCACUAGUGAGGUUGGUGAAGCAUCUGCUAUUGAGGCAACAGACAAUACAUCGGCUGUAGUGAUGGAUUACGAGGACUUUCCACCCCCGCCAAUUGAGGAUUCUGACUAUCUUCCACCCCCGCCUCCAGACUUACUACAAAUGCCAUCAGAGAGUCCAAACAUUCAAGUAUGCCAUUACUCACCUGAGCCGCCAGAACCAGCAAACCCCUCCAAGUACCCACUCAACAGAGAGGCUUUAUUCAAGCAGAGGAGUAUGCAUGAGCUUAAACGCCUCUACAAGCAUAUUCAUCCUGAGGUCAGAAAGAACAUUGAGAAGGAAUAUUAUAGUGAUUACGAGGAAACUGAGAACAACCACUUAGAGGGCCAAGAGUAUAUGUAUGAGGACGAAGGUGGUAGUCCAGAUGAUGUCAAUGAUGAAGAAUAUGGGGAAUGGGAAGAGAUUCUUCCCGGGGAGGUGCAGGCCAUGCGUUGGAUGUUUGAAAAUAAGCCACUGGAUACCAUAAAAGAUGAAACUCUGGAUGAGGAUGAUGAAGAAAACAACAUAAGUCAACAGGAGAUGAUUCUUGGAAAAGAUGUGAGACGUACAGCUUGGAUGUUUGAGACCAAACCGAUGGAUGAGCUGAGUUUGCACAAUACCAACUCAACUGAAUAUAAAAACAAAUUCAACAAAUUAGACAAAGGAGAUGUUCGUGCUGCGGCCUGGUUGUUUGAAACUCAGACAAUGGACACUCUAAAUAAAUUGCAUAAGGAGGAGGAUUUAACAAAAGAGAUUGUCUUCACAGAAGAAGAUGGAAAUGCUACCAUUUACAUGAUCGACGAUAAGUACAUGGCAAGCCUUGGACACACAGAGACCAUUGAUGAGAGCCACAUGCUGAGUCUGAGGUCCGUAUUAGAGGAAAUUAAUGAUGAAGUGAAAACUGUUACAAGCACUUUUGACACUCAGUUUAAAUGCAUCAUCAUGGGACAAUCAAGCCAAAUGCUGGAGGUCAAGUCUGUGCGUAAAAUUGAAACUGAAUUGGAAAACUCUAUUGCCUCACGUUGGCUUUUCGAUACCCAACCCUUGGACAUGACAAACAGAGAACCUUCAGCUUUAAAGAUUGUGUGCAGUCUUUCCAUGGAGGAUAGCAAUAAGGGAGUCUGGGGUAGGUGGCUGUUUGAGAUAAAAACAUUGAAUUCUCUCAGUGAGUGGGAAAGUUCCAAAAUUGAGAACAAAGAGAUCAUCCGAGCUGAUGUGCGCAAACACUGCUUAGUGUUUGAAACCCAGCCAAUGGAUUCUUUGAAGGAUGACGCCAAUGCUAGACCCCAGUCUCUUGAAGAGAUUAGGGGCAAUGUUAGAUCUGCUAGGCAUUUUUUUGAAAGCAGCCCUCAAGCAGUGAGAAAGACUGGGCCUGAGGUCGGAAAACUUCAAAAGGCAACAGUAAAUGAAGAAGUGAAAGGGGAUGUGAGACACCAAAAAUGGCGCUUUGAGAGCCAGCCUCUAGAGCAUAUAAGAGAGCAGAAGAAAGAGGUUAUCCGCACUGUGAACAUAGAAAAUGACCUCACACAGGAGGAUGGGACAAGCUGCAGGGCAGAUGUUCGCAAGAACUGCUGGGUAUUUGAAACCCAGCCAAUGGACACUUUAAAAGACGAUUCAAACGCACAGCCCCUGACAAAAGAAGACAUUAUUGCAGGUAAUGUGAGAUCAGCUAGACAUUAUUUCGAAACAAAUCCAUCCGAGGAGUUGAAGGAGCUUGCAGAGGUGGGCAAACUGAAAAAAGGAGUAACACUUAAUGAGGAGAGGGGUGAUGUUAGACAUCAGAAAUGGAGAUUUGAAAGCCAACUUGAGCAGAUAAGAGAGGAAAGGAAGGAAGUCAUGAGAACGAUUGACAUGGAAGAAAUUGAUAAAGUGGAUGUCUUGAACUACAAGCAAAUCUUUGAAAGCACAGAUUGUAACUGGAAAGAUGAAUCUCAGAAGAUUAUGAUCGAAGGUGUGACUUCAGGUUCUGUAAAGUCCAAUAAAAAUCUGUUUGAGUCGACUCCUAUGUAUGCUAUGCAAGACAGCUCAGGGCACUUCCAUGAGGUGAAGACAGUGCGGCGUGAAGAGGUUGUGAAAGGAGAUGUAACAACGUGCAAGUGGAUGUUUGAAACACGCCCCAUUGACCAAUUUGACGAAACCAUUGAUAAAUUCCAAAUUAUCAAAGGUAUAUCGAAACAAGAAAUAGAGUCUGGGGAUGUUAAAACAGCCAAGUGGUUGUUUGAAACACAGCCGCUUGAUGCUAUUAAGUAUUUCAGCAAUAUUGAAGAUGAAGAAGUUGUGGGGACAAGUUCAAAACAAGACAUCAUGAAGGGCGACGUAAAAACCUGCAAGUGGCUAUUUGAGACAAAACCAAUGGACAUCUUGUAUGAAAGAGUGGAGUCAAAAGCUGAGCAGGAAUCUGACGAAGUGCAAAAGGGAGAUGUGAAAACUUGCACAUGGCUUUUUGAGACACAAGCACUUGAUACUAUCCAUGAUGAGACAGGGACUGUUCUGAAAACAAGCAGUGUGAAUCAGGAGGUCAUUCGAGGAAAAGAUGUAAGAACGGCUUGUUUUCUCUUUGAGACAGAGAAACUGGAGAAUCUUACUGGGGAGGAGACAAACUCUUUCAAACGUGUCACUGAGAUCGACUUUGCAUCAGGAGAUGUGUCAAAGAUGAAGUACAUUUUUGAGAAUCAAACAUCCGAUAUUCUGACUUCUACCUCUGAAGAAGUUAGGCAAAAGCUCAAGCGAGUUCAAACUGAGGACAUACAAAAAGGAAACGUAGUGAACUGCAAGUGGCUCUUUGAAAACCAAUCGAUAGAUACAAUACAUGAUAGCCAAGAAGAAUCGAUGAGCGGACGUACAAUACAUGAUGUGCAAGGAGGGGAUGUUGAUAAGGGCCGUUUUAUUUUUGAAACCUGCUCCUUGGAUACGAUUCAUGAGGGGUCCUCUGAGACGAACUCAGAGCUGUCGAUGAGGCAAAAGAUUUUCAGAGAUGAAGAUGAGAAGGGUGAUGUGAGAAAUUACACUAUGAUGUUUGAAAAUCAGCCCCUCUAUGCCAUUCAGGACAAAGAGGGCCUUUAUCACGAGGUCACCACUGUCACCAGUGAGGAGGUUACAAGAGGUGAUGUCGUUGGAACUCGAUGGUUGUUUGAAACAAAGCCCCUUGAUGCCAUUAGGGACAUGGAUGAGGUUUAUAUAAUUAAAUCUGUCACACAACAGGAUGUGCAAAAAGGAGAUGUCACCUCUGCCAAGUGGAGAUUUGAGACACAGCCUCUUGAUAGGAUAGCUGAGGAAAAGAAGGCUUUGAUAAAAACUGUGGAUGAUAUUCAAGGAGGCAAUGUCAGAAUGAACAAAAAUCGUUUUGAGUCUGAUGCCCUGUCUCAAGAAUCUGUAAGAACAGUUAAUGUGAGUGAAAUACAAAAAGGAGAUGUAAGGACUGCCAAAUGGAGGUUUGAAACCCAGUCAAUGGACAAAAUAAGAAGCAUGAGCUCUGAAAAUCUAAUUGAAACCGUUAAAAAAGAGGAUGUUUCAAAGGGAGAUGUUAAGCAUUCAGUAUGGCUCUUUGAGAAAAAUCCUCUUGACCAUAUUAAAGAGGUAAAUGAGCAUGAAGAUCAUCCAACCAUCACUCAAGAAGAGAUAUCUAAUGCGGAUGUAAAGACAACAACUUGGCUCUUUGAAACGACCCCAUUCGACAACUUUAAUGAGACAAAGAUGGAGAAGACUGAAAUCCUGGGCAAGAGCAUUAAGGGAACUCUUGAGGAACUUUACAGCCAGAAAAUGGUCAAGUCAGAGGGAGUUCUCAUUGAAGCUGAUGAAAUUGGAGACGUUAGGAUGGCCAAGUACCAGCUAAUGAACAAGCAGUCUCCAGAGAUUCAGCGAGAGGAAGUUAUCAGGGGAGAUCUGCAGACUAUUAUGAUAAACCUACUAAACAGACAGGAAAGACAAGAGCAGCAGAUUGUCAUAGAUUCAGAAGAGAAGGGUAACAUCAGUUCAACAGUGCACCAACUAUUCAACCAAGAGAGAGACAGCUGUGUUGAGAGGGAGGAAAUAUUACGAGGUGACAUUCAGGAAGCUAUUAACAACCUUUUCAAUGAGGGUGGGUUGGCAAAACAUGGACUACUCAUCCAGGAGGAUGAGAAAGGUGAUGUGCAGAUGACAAUAUAUUCCCUUCUUAAUAAACAAGAAAACACAAGUGUUGAGAAGGAGAGCAUUGUAAGAGGGGAUAUAAAGAGUGCUCUUCAAAACUUGGCCAGUGCAGACAAGGCAGAUCAGGCAGUGAAGAUAAAGGUAGAUGACACUGAAAGAGGGAAUGUCAAUUUUUACUCAACCUGCAUUGAAUCUGGAGCUCUAGAUUAUCUGAAACAGCUUCAUUUAGGACCUGGUGAGACUCAAUCAGAGACAGCAGAAAAAGAGAGGAUCCUUGGGGGUGAUAUCAAGAGUACAAAACUCAUCCUUGGCCAAAAUCAAACGCAAAUUGAGCGUACAAUUGAGGAUAUUGUACCCGGAGAUGUUCACAACACGGUAAAAGUUUUCAUGUCAGAGCCAACCGUCUCAUUGGAAAGACUCCAAAAGGAGGAGAUAGUCAAAGGUGAUUUAAGAGCUGCUUUGAAUUCAUUGUCUGUCUCGGCAAAUCAGACAGUUUUUGUAGAGAAAGAGGAAGUGGUGAAAGGCAACAUACCCAAAGCUCUGCGGUGCCUGGAGAGGGCUCAAAAUCGGUACAAGGAGUUGGAGAAGCCAGAUAUCAUACCAGGAAAUAUCAAAGGGGCUCUGAGAUCUCUUGAGAAAUCAGCAACAUCCAAAGUAGAAGCUGCUGUUGAUGAUUUAGUUUCUGGGGAUGUGAAGGCAACUCUUAAAUCAUUGGAGCAGGCGAAGCGAGCCGUGAAGGAAGUUGAAAAAGAAGAAAUUGUGAGGGGUGAUAUUCGUAUAGCAAUGCAAAGUCUACACGAUGCCUCCAGUGAGAGGAAGAUGGGUCAACAAGAAGUAGACGUUCAGGGAGACGUCCGAGGAAAGAUUCAACUCUUGAUGGAGUCUCCAUCUUCACCAAGGAUGCAAAGGAGCCCAAGCCUUGAGGGUGAUGUGAAGGGGGAUGUAAAGAUGUCAAUCAAGUCAUUAUAUGAGACUCAGGAACAAACCCAGCUGGGAAAGGAAGAUGUGAUAAAGGGUGAUGUAAAAGGCACUAUUAAAUCCUUGUUGGAAACAGCACAGCGUGAAACUCCCAAAGUCAGACUUGGAGCAUACAGAAGAGUCAGAGUCAAGCAGAGCCCUCCAGUUAAAAACCUACAGGAUGAUGAACAACGAAACAUACAAAAGAUAAAAACAGCCAAUUUGGUUGAAACAUCAAAAGAAAGCCAAUCCAUCUCAAAUGAAAGUGAAAUAAUUAGAACAAAGUCAAGUUCUGUGGAGCAGUCUGCUCAAAAAUCCACAACGGUGGUGCAGCAUAAAAUGAUUACCCAAAACCAUGGCAUCAAGACAUUAAAGACACAGUUCCGUAAUCUAAAGUCGAAUCCAAAAGGAAUGCUUAGAGUAGAUCAAACUAAAGUAACAACUGAUGUUUUAAUGCUAGGACCACAGGCACCAGAGCUUGAUCUGCCUCUCCCACCUCCACCUCCACCAGUGGUAGACAGUGACCUUCUUCCACCUCCUCCUCCUCCUACUACCUCUGUUGUUUCUGACAUUGACCACCUUCCUCCUCCACCACCUCCACUCACUAGUGAACAGGACUUCCUCCCACCUCCUCCAUCUCAACAGGAACUGGAAAGUAUGCCAGCACAUGGAAUUCAUCCUUCACCAGCUCAAGCAAAAAAGAUGACUGUGAAAAAAGUGAAAGCUCCCAUUGUACAUCUGGUCCCGAAGCUUGAG